AAAGUGGAAGAAGACUUGGUCGCUUUGUUUUUCCCUCCACCAAACCAUAGAACAAAAAAUGGCACUCAAAAUCCAAUCAAUACUUCUUCCUCGUUCUCUUCACUUUCCUCCCCUUCAAAACCCUAAUCUCACACCACUUUCUCCCUCUUCAACCAUUUCUAACCGUCACCUUCCUCUCCAUUUCUUCACACCUCCCCUUCCUCCAAAUUCAAGCCUCUCAAUCUCCGCAUUUCACCGCAAUCCAUUCGUAACCGCUCGCGCAAUUCAAGGUCAAGAACUCACCGGCGAUGGCAUCCCAAAUUCAACUGAACACAAAGGCCAAAUCAACGAAGCUUCUGAAGAAGAUAAAGUUGAAAAGGAAGAAGUGGAAAAAGAACUAGCGAAUCAAGGUAUAUGGAUUCAGAUGAAGGAAAUUAUCAAGUUUACUGGACCUGCAACUGGACUUUGGAUCUGUGGACCGUUAAUGAGUUUAAUUGAUACUGCUGUUAUCGGUCAGGGAAGUUCCAUUGAGCUUGCUGCUUUAGGUCCUGCUACAGUUGUUUGUGAUUACAUGAGCUAUGUGUUCAUGUUUCUAUCAGUUGCUACUUCCAAUAUGGUUGCUACUGCCCUUGCUAAACAGGAUAGAGAAGAAGUUCAACAUCACAUAUCUGUCUUGCUUUUUGUUGGGUUGGCUUGUGGCUUCUCAAUGCUUUUGUUCACAGGGCUAUUUGGUGCUGCCACACUCACUGCUUUCACCGGAUCAAAGAAUGCACAUGUAGUACCUGCAGCUAACACUUACGUACAGAUUCGAGGCUUGGCAUGGCCUGCUUUACUUGUCGGAUGGGUUGCACAGAGUGCAAGUCUUGGUAUGAAAGAUUCCUGGGGACCCUUGAAAGCUUUGGCUGCUGCUAGUAUUAUCAAUGCCGUUGGUGAUAUACUUUUGUGCACCUAUUUAGGCUACGGAAUUGCAGGGGCUGCAUGGGCUACAAUGGCAUCACAAGUUGUUGCUGCUUAUAUGAUGAUGCGAACCUUGAACAUGAAGGGAUACAAUGCCUUUGCCUUAUCCAUUCCUUCGGGGAGUGAAUUUCUCACGAUACUCGGGCUUGCUGCUCCUGUUUUUAUGACAAUGAUGUCAAAGGUGGCUUUCUACUCCCUACUAAUAUACUUUGCAACAUCAAUGGGUACACAUACAAUGGCUGCUCAUCAAGUCAUGGUCCAAACCUUUUGCAUGUGCACAGUAUGGGGUGAACCUCUCUCACAAACUGCUCAAUCAUUUAUGCCUGAAUUGCUAUAUGGAGUUAAUCGGAAUUUGUCAAAGGCUCGGAUGCUUCUAAGGUCUCUCGCAAUAAUUGGAGCUACACUUGGAUUGUUAUUAGGAAUUGUUGGAACAUCAGUUCCUUUCUUAUUUCCCUACAUUUUUACACCUGAUCGGAUGGUCAUUCAGGAGAUGCACAAGGUGCUGAUUCCAUACUUUAUAGCACUGGUUGUGACACCCCCUACUCACAGCCUUGAGGGAACUUUGAUGGCUGGAAGGGAUCUAAGAUUCAUAAGUUUGUCAAUGACUGGAUGCUUAUGCGGAGGUGCACUGGUAUUAUGGAUUUUGUGUAGCAGAUUCGGUUUGCAAGGCUGUUGGUUUUCCCUCGCAUUGUUUCAAUGGGCUCGGUUUUCAAUGGCACUUCUGCGACUUCUCUCUCCCACGGGAAUUUUAUACUCGGAAGACAUUGAAUAUAAUAGACUGCAAAAGCUUAAGACUGCUUAGUCUAGGUACUCUAUUAAUAGACAAAUGUUGCCUAUUAGACACAUCUUACAAAAUAGUCAUACAUUUCUAUACCAAAGAUGAUUCACGCUUACAUUGUCAUACGAGAUCAAAUGUCGUCACCAGUGUUUUAAAAA